AUGGAGCUGCUUCAUAUUAAAACACCUCUGCUUGAGAGCCAUGCUAUGACAAAACUGACAGGAUUUCCUGUUUACUUGAAGCUAGAGAACGUACAACCACCAGGAUCCUUCAAGAUUCGAGGAAUUGGAAAUUUGUGCCAGAAGGUUUGAUCAUCAUAAUAUCCUGUUCCCAGGGCUCACCGCUUUCUCUGCAUAAUUUUUGAUAAACUUCCUGCUUUAAUUGUCAAUUUUUUAGUUUUUAUUUAUUCAUAUGACAGUUACGUCCAAGUUAUUGGCUUGUUAAUCUGGAUUCAAAUAUCUUCCGGACUUAAAAACACUCAAAGAUGACGAGAGUUUUCUAGUCAGGAGGGACACGUGUUCGAAAAUGAAUGUUUUUGUUAGAAAUCAUAGUUAACGUCACGUUUGCUAAGCAUUGUGUAGUUCAUUGGAAAGAAUUAUGCCCGAAGUUCUGCGGCUUGCUUUUGAAAAGCAACCUAUAUGUAAAUUUGUUACUGGUGGUUCAAGAUUGAGAAACAUUUAUGAGAAUGUGACAGUUGAACGUCUCCGAUUUAUGAGGAAAAUUUACAUGUAAUAGAGGUUAUUUUGGUUGCUUUAGACGAACUUUUGGGUGUUUUAAAGCUAAGACAAGGGUGUGCCAUAGUUGUCGAAACUGCUUUAAACCACUCAAAGGGACAAUUAUAUAGCCAUUAUUGAAUUUUUUUUUAAGAAGUAGAUUGUUAGACAUGCACUAUUGUAGGAUGGAAGGAAAAAUGUUUUAGAAGAGAACAAUUUGUAUCUUAAUAAGUUGAUGUUAGGAAUAAAUAAUCAGUCAUUUCAAAGAAUAGGGUGAGGUUUUUUUUCUGAGUUUAGUGGCUCCUUACUGUCAGAUCAUUUGUUGUAAGGUUUUUGGUAAUAACCUUUUGACCCUCAAGUUACAAGCAUCUACUUUCUCCUUACAAUAUCACCCCUGAACCAAACUUUAAGGUGAUGAGAAUAAAGAAAAUGAUCACCUACCAAAGAAGCUAUUAAAUAUUGAAAAAAUCCUCCUUGUCAGUAUGUAAGGAAAUGUAUAGAGAACAGUGUGGAGAAUAUGCAUACUGAUUUUAUGGUGAUAAAUGAAAACUAGCACUGUAUUUUUUGUUGGUUCCAGGCCAUGCAAAGAGGAUGCAACCAUAUGGUUUGUUCAUCAGGUAUAUUUUGAUAUUUUGGCUUUGAAAGUCUUUAUGGUGGCUAAUUUACAUUAUCAAGUCAGUUGAUAAUACUUGAUUACCCUGUCAUACUCCCCCACCAAUGGAGCUCCACAGUUUCUUUAAAAACUUACCCCUUUAUACAUUUAACCCUUAAACUUCCAGACCAAAUUUGUAAUUCUCUUUGCUGUCAACCAUACAGUUCUUACAAUGUUAAUUCAGAGAAUUAUCCCCAAAUUGAUAUAUUUCUUUAUUCACAUCACCUAUCUGCUUGAUAGUGUACUGAUAUUAUAAGGAGAAAUUCUUUCUUGGUCACUCAUGGGACUUAAAGGGUUAAGUUAGCUUUGAAACUCUUUACAGUGGCCAAUUUACGUUAUCAACUUAGUUGAUAAUAUGUUAUUACCCUGUUAUACUCCCCCACUGAUGCAGCACCACAGUUUCCUUAGAAACUUACCCCCUUUAUUCAUUUUAGUUAGUCCUUUGAAGGUACUUAUCACUAGCCUUGUAAAAGGAUUCUCUGCCCCAAAGGGAUACAGUGCUUUAUUUUGAGCAAGAGGUGUAACUAGAGGGAUUUCCUUAGAGUGGUAAAGGGGAGGUCUAACUAAUCUUUAUCUUAAAAUGAAAAGGCUGGAAAACAAGUUUUUAGAAGUUAGAAAGAGAAAAACUUAGUCUGAGUUGCUCAAUUAAUGGUGGAAUUGUUCUGUCCAUUGCAAAAAGUUUGCUUUUUUAGUGUAUUGUCUUCAAUAAGGUAGAAAAUUUGUUAUCUCUCUAGUGAAAACUAAUUUGACAAUGGGCAACAUUUGGUACAAGUAACGCAAGGUAUCCCUGUGCAAACUAUAUUAGUUACUUCCUCUGCAUUAACCCUUUAAAUCCUAGGAGUGACUGGCAUCUAAUUUCUCCUUACAAGAUUACCCCUGAAUAAAGCAUUAAGGUUAUGAGAAUAAUGGAAAUGAUAAAAAACUAAAGAAGCUCUUGAUUGUCAAACAAAUUCUCCUUUCAGAACCUUAAGAAAUGUAUAGAGAAAGUAAGGUGAAUAUGCAUACUGAUUUUAGGGUGUAAAGGAUUAAUGAGUAGGAAACAGAGUGGCCUACUUGUCAUUGCCCUGGACUCCAGGACAAGAGGUCUGGGUCAAGACCUGACUGGAUCAUUGUCUUGAGUUCUAGAGUUCUUGAGUUCUUCUUCCAGGGGGGAAGGGGAGAAGUAAUUCUUCAAGUUGCUUUAUAGUAAGGAAAUUGUGAUAAGCUGUGGGUAGAUGGGCUGAAAUCAUUGAUUGAAAACUGUGUUGAUGGGUGUCCUUCAUUAACCAACUAUGUUUGUACGAUGUCAGGUGGAAAUGCUGGGCUUGCAGCAGCAUAUGCAGCUAAGAAGCUUAAGAUCCCUUGCUCUGUGAUUGUACCAGGGUCAACACCAAUGUUUAUUGUGGAAAGACUGAGGGAAGAGGGAGCUACAGUUGAAAUCUGUGGCAGUGUAAGUUGAAAGAUAUUACAUGUUCUCUAAUUGUGUUAACAAGUUGUAUAAUUAAAGAAUCCUAGAGGAGCUACAAUUAAAAUAAUUCAAAUUUUUAUGCAUGUCAUAUUGAAAAUUACCACCCACAAGUAGUAAAAUCACACAAAAUUUUAAUUUCAAUUGAUAAAAUAGAUAAUACUAAAUUAGAAAGAAUUAAUCAGGCUGUUAUAAGGAUGGCUAAGGAUGGGAAAAAGUCUGUAUUCCUGCCAAGUGGCCCAUUCAGCAGACCUUAUUUGGGUUUCUGUAACAUUAAGUGACUAGGAAAAUUACUUCUCCCCCCUGGAUAGGAUGCCGAUGCAUUGCAAGGUUACCCUCAGCAUUUCAUCAGGUUAAUCUAACAGUUGGCCAGUACCCAUUUAUACUCCUGGGUGAAAAGUGAAGGAUGGGAAAGAUUGACAUAAAUACUAAACCACAAAUAUGCAAAAUUUACAUAGCUCCUGUUAACCUUUUAACUCCCAUGAGUGACCAAGACAGAAUUUCUCCUCACAGUAUCAAUAUAAUAUCAAUAGAAAAGUGAUGAGGAUAAAGAAAGACAUCAAUUUGGGGAUAUGGUUCAUCCAAUACUAAAUUCUCUGAACUGACAUUAUAAGAAUUGUGUGGUUGACAGUAAAGAGAAUUACAACAAUAACCCUGAACAACAAUUACAUUAACCUCAUGGAGGGUUGCUCUUGGUUUCAAGCAACAAUCACCUCAGUUCAUAAAGGAGUCUAGCAGAGAUUCACAGGAGACAUUUAAGUAGGAAUGGUUUUGAGACUGAUUCUACUUUUUGACUGUUUGAAUAGUCUUGGGAUGAUGCAGAUGCAAGAACUUUAACACUAGCAAAGCAGCCAGGUAAUUAAUAAUGGUAAAUAGGACUGAGUGGAGUCCAAUUCAGUCUGAAAUCAUACAAGUGAUUAACAAAAUUGGAUGCCCCAGAGCAGGAGUCUGAUUUUGCAAUUAUUAGUAUGAUUACAGACAGAAUUGGAAGACACAAAGUCCCAGUUACCAAUUAAUCAUAACUGCUACAAUUACCAAAAGCAAAAAAAAUGCAUUUAGGAUAAAUAUCUCCAGUAGAUACAAUGUCUAAGGUUAAAAAAUUCCUCCGUAUUGGAAAUUCCACAUUUUUUUAAGGAUAAGUGGCUGUUGCUAUGGUUAUUAUGCUCAAUUCUGUGAUUGGUGGAUUUAGCUGAGUGGACUUAUUAUGAUUGGCUGCUUCAACUGUUCAAUUACAGCUGUCCAAUUACAGCCAACCUUCUGACUAUACUGUGUAAUUACAAUUGUACAGAAUGAUUAGUGAAAAAUAAAGUAGCAAAUGCACCAAUCCCAUUUCAGGAAAUUGUAAUUUCCUUUGGUCCCUAAUAGAGAUUGGCUUACAGAAUGGGAUAAGAAUCUGUCAUCAUUGAAAGGUCCUUAUAACUAGUUUAAGUUCUAUACUUAAAGUUCUGUCAUGUGAACAACCAAAAAUUUAGUUCUUGUAACUCACUGUAUGAUUUCAAACUGUUUUGAAUGCUUGGGAAUUGUUUUGUUUACCCUUUAACUUCCAAGAUCUGAUUGUUAAUUCUUCCCUCUAGCUGCUUCACAUUUCCUUAGUUACCAGAAUUUGGAGUUUGAUCAAUAAUCUAUCAAUAAUCCAAUUAGAUUUGGACUUUCAUUGGGCAUAUUUCCUAAACAUGGUUUCUCUUAUAAAUGUUCAGAACACACUGUUUUCCUUUGUCAAACUGAGUUCAGUGUUGUUCCCUAAAGCUGUCUUUAUCUUUCCAGGCUAUGCAUAUAUUCCACCAUUUAAUCACCCAGAUAUCUGGUAAGAACAAUUUCUAUUUAUAAUUAUAAUAAAUCAAAUGGUGUUCAACAUUCUUAGAAAUUUAAGUAUCUCAACCCUUUUGUUACUUCUUGUAGCUGAAUUGGAAGGGCGCAAUUUUGACCAAAAGUUGCACUUAAGAGAGCAAAUAAUAGGAACUCUACACGGAAGAUCAUACAAAAUUUCCUUGAAGUCACUUCCUCCUUUUUCUGCUGAUUUUGAUCACAUUCCUUUGCAAACCAGUCAUAACGUGCCUUUACUCUGCAGGGAGGGUGUGGCCUCUGUUAUUCACGAAUCAGCUGAACAGCUGCCAGAGAAGCCAGGCAUUGUUGUGGUAUCUGUUGGUGGAGGGGGACUGUUGUCUGGGGUGCUACAAGGUAUGCACAAUGUAGGGUGGACUGAUGUCCCUGUUGUUGCCAUGGAGACUAAAGGAGCAGACAGUUUUAACGCAUCUGUUCAAGCAGGGGAGCUUGUUACAUUAGAUGCUAUUACAAGGUUUGUGGAAAAGAAAACUAAACAGUUAAGCGCAUUGCAGAUGUCUAGCAUAGGGUCCAAGUGUAAGUGACUACCUACCACAUUCCAGGGAGUGAGGUUGCUUCUGCAAGCAAACACUUCCAGAAUACCGCAUCUUUCCUUGAAUGAUAGCUAACAUUUCAUUUGGAACCUCUGAUAAGAGAACGAUCCGACGUUAAACGCUUGUGGUUGAAAUCGGUUAUUUUGCUAUUGCUUUUGCUGACUUUGAUCCUCCGCAGGCAACCACUAAACAUGACCCAGCUUAAUUCGCUCACGGCCAUCUGAGAAGGGUGGGGUUGGGAUGAAGGGCUACCUCCACAGCCAUCUGAGUAGGGUGGGGUGGAGAUAAAGGUUGACCUCCCCUCGGACAGAAAGGGAAGGGAGAUCUCAGUUACGUGAUUGUAAAAAAUUCCAUUUACGAAAAAUGACGCUAGAGUCCAAACUCCAUAGAAAGUAUUAUUAAACUUGUUAAAUGAACCACAACAUUCGGCUAAAUUGAAAACUCCGAAAGUUCUUAAAAAUUCCAAACAAAGGGGUUACAAAUUUGCGCUAACGACAGCUCAAAAACAACUAACUAAACUCCGUAAAACAAAACAACAAAAGUACGUGAAAAUGUCCAAGUCAGUUUUCCAAUGUCAAGGUGAGAGUUCUUUGACGUGAUCGGCUAAUUUGUGAAAUCACGCGCGCCGCACAUGAAUACAAAAAGGAUACAAAGGUGGGAGAGGAAGAGAAAAUUUGUAAACGAAAUAGAUUUUUUACAGUGGUGAUUUCCAUUCUGACAUUAUCAAAGUUGUUUUACCUGUUGUAUUUAUCAUCAGCGUUGCGAAGUGUUUAGGUGCAAGAAGAGUAGCAGCAAAUGCACUUGAAUGGACCAAGAACCACACCAUUAUAAGUCAUGCGUGUACUGACAAGGAAGCUGUCUUGGCAUGCGACAAAUUUGCAGGUAGCGAUUUUUGAGUAUUUCUUCUUUUAGGUUAAGAUCGUCACCGUGAAGGAAUUUUCUUAACCUCUUAUUCGUUUUCUUUUGAUAGUUUUUCUCGCAAUCACUGUCUCUUUGUCAUUAAAGCAAAUAGACCCGUUCGGCGAUUGUUGUUAGGCCUUAAUUCUUUAAGAGUUACUGUCAUCUGAAAUCUCCUUACAGUAUCACCCUUGAAUUAAAUAAAAAGGUCACGAGAAUAAAGAAAAUGUUUGCCAACCCAAGGAGCUUUGAUUGUAAAACGAAUUCUCCUGGUAAAUUAGACUGAGGAGAAUUGGAUGUUAGAUCAAGUCGUACUUCGUCAGUUUGCGCCAUGUCUGACAUGAAAUCCUCAUUGCUUUCGUUUCAGAUGAUCACCGCAUGUUAGUAGAACCAGCUUGUGGCGCGGCCUUGGCAUGUGUGUAUGAACGACUUUUCAAAGUGUGGCAAGAGCAAGGAAAGCUUGGGGAACUAAAAUCGGCUCUUGUCAUUGUCUGCGGGGGAAAUUUAGUGUCGUUGAAAGCAAUGAAAGAAUGGAAAGACCAACUUGGGCUUAGUUAA